AUGGGGCCUCGUCACAUCUAUGUAGAAGCAUUCAACCAGCAACACCACCUCCGCCUGCAGCCGUCCUACUCACCCUUUCUUGACGGAUUUAGGCUACAAACGACAUCUAGAGACAAACAUGGGCACCUCAUUCUUGAAGAAAUCGAGAACGAAGAUGACGUUAACGAAUUAUAUGAAGACCCAGAAGCUGGUGGUGUGGUGCGUCUAACAGCAGCUGGUGUGGAGGGGCUCAUCUCACCCUCACUCGCACUGAAGAUCAAUGAUGACGGGCAACACGAGGCCGUGCGCCAAAACUAUGAGGAUAAGCCUGAGGAUGGUACAAACGACUACUUGGAGAUGCCUCAGGAAACAAACAUCUACUACCAAUCUUCCAAAAUCAGCCCGGGUGUGACCACCGCCACCGUUGAAAUGUACAUCAUUGUGGACAGUACUCUGGCAGCCAAGUUAGGAUCCAAUCAGAAGGUUAAACAAUACCUUGGGGUGUUCUGGAACGCCGUCAAUCUAAGAUUCGCCACUAUCACUGAUCCUCAGAUCAAGCUGGUCUUGGUUGGCGCACUUAUUGUCCGCGACUCUUAUGACGAGAGCUAUAUCAAUGAAAACAUUUUAACUCAAAACUACAUUGGCGGCAAGAAGACACUUUUCUCAUUGAGCGACUGGGUGUUCCAGCAGAAAAGGUCAUUGCCAUCUCACGACAUGGUCUACCUCAUGACAGGUAAGGACAUGGUUGUUGAAAAGAAUGGUGAGAUUCAGAAAGGCCUGGCAGGCAUCUCAUGGAGAGGCGCCGCCUGCGUCCUGAAACCGGCUAUUAAGCGUUCUUUCAACACAGCGAUAGGCGAGGACUCCUCUUACUACACGGGCGUGAUCACCGCCGUUCACGAGGUGGCACAUAACUUGGGGUCCCCUCAUGACGGUAAAGGAGGCUCCAAGAAAUGUUCCUGGGAUGACGGUUACAUCAUGAGUUAUGUGCAAGAUCGCGCUGUCAUCUGCGCUACCUGGGGAGAAGCUCAGUAUGGACCAGCAGUGCCAGGCAGCUACAGGACAAAGCAAGGCUUACGCUUCCAAGAAUGCAUCAGAUGA